CUAUAACUCGUGCUCGUCUGCCAUGAAGCAUGCGAUCAUCGGGAACAAAUGUUCGAUUCGUUUCUUUCACGUCGUAUCGUGAAUAAUUUAUGCUUAGAGUGGGUAGAAUUUGCCCACUGCGUAACUGUCGCUUUGACACAAUGAUAGCGUUCCAGCUGUCGCUCGAGAUGGCCGGCAACCCAUUAUCUCCGAUCGCGUCCAACGCAUUCAAAUGUUGCCGACCUUGGAGAGCGUUUGCAAGUGCUACAAGAGCAACUUGCAAACAAGAAAGCAGCUUUACGGUCAAAAAACUCCUCAGGAAGGCAAGCAUGCGAUCUUACAGUCAUCGUUACAAGACCGUAUUCCUGCUCAGGCAAUCAAACGAAACAUUGACGAAAACCACGAGAGGAAGAAGCGACUCCGCCCCAUACUGUCGUGCAGCAACAACCCAAUCGACUUGUUUAACGUCAAUCUUGACACUCAGGCUUACGAUGCCUCGGAUUAUGGGCACGUUAUCAUGAAUGCAUCAUUAGUUUUCACAAAGGAAGACAUGUUUUGUCGUUUAGGCUUGCACAACGCGGCAAAUGGUCAUCUGCGCGAGGCCCAAGUGCUUGCUGCGGAAGGAAAACGACAUUUGAUUGAGAGGAUAUACUCGCACGUCAAACAACUUACUUUGUUGCAUCCGACACGCUUGGAGCAUGCCGAUAAAUACGCAAUUCAUAUCAUCCAGAUGCCAAGCACAAUGAUCGCCGACAUCAACAAAUAAAACUGAAGUCCACCAAGACAUGACUUGCCAAGGAAGAGCGGCCAAGAAGACGGGUGUUGCUAAUAAGAAGAUGCAGCUAGUGAUGAUUGUAGGGCAAGCCGGGAGGGUGUUGGGUCCCCCUUGGGUGGACGUCCAGUAUGGUGGCUUGCGGCUACGAGAGCAGCAUAUGCACGCGUUCCCUGUGAUUAUGCAAGAUGAAUACCAUUCAUCACGAACCUGCCCUUUUUGUUCAACCAACUGAUAUUGACAACCAACCAG